GAAGAAAACAUAAUCUUCUUUACAAUGUCAAUGACUUACUUGAAAAAGUUUUCAUUUCUCAUUUUCGUUUUGCUUUUCAUCCUGCAUGUCCACUUGUCCACUGCACAAGUAAAUCUUAACGCUGGUGUUGGCACUAGCAAUGACAAUGGGGUCGUGGUUGUUGAACUUGGUGAUGACACAGACACGUCUCAAGAAGCUGUCGUUAGUGUUGAGGUCAACGUCGACAAUGACAAUGGCACAUCUAAUGAAGCUGGUGUUGAAGCUGAUGUCACAAUUACUGUUAACGUUGAGCCUGACACUGAGGUACCUGAUGAAGCUCCUGUCGAAGUUACUAUUAACGUUGAUGCUGACUCUGACACUGAUGCUGACCCUGACACUGAUGUACCUGAUGAAGCUCCUGUCGAAGUUACUAUUAACGUUGAUGUUGAUCCUGACACUGAUGUACCUGAUGAAGCUUCUAUCGAAGUUACUAUUAAUGUUGCCGGUAAUGACACAGACACUAAUUUGGGAGCAGUAUCCAUCAAUGGCUCCGAACCUGAGACAGCGGUUAACAUUCAUGGAGGUGGUUCAUUGCCAUAAUAAUCAUGUGAGUGAAUUUUUAAAUUGUGUUGGAUACACAUCAAGAUAUGAAUACAGGACAAGAAGAAGAACGAACACCUGAAAAAGACAUGAAAAAGACACAAGACAUUACUUUUUUUUUUUUUAUCAUGUACACCAUAUGUUGGAUGAAUAAUAUGUAGAAGUAAAAUAAUAUAAAAUUUAUUAAAGUAUAAUUUUAAUA